AUGACGGCCGAGAGCGGGCCGCCGCCGCCGCCGCAGCCGGAGGCGCUGGCGGCCAUGAAGGAGGAGCGCGGCGAGGCGGGGGCCGGGGUCCCGGCGGAGGCUGCGGGGCGCGGCGCGGGCGGCCGGCGCCGCAAGCGCCCCCUGCAGCGCGGGAAGCCGCCCUACAGCUACAUCGCGCUCAUCGCCAUGGCCAUCGCGCACGCGCCGGAGCGCCGCCUCACCCUGGGCGGCAUCUACAAGUUCAUCACCGAGCGUUUCCCCUUCUACCGCGACAACCCCAAAAAGUGGCAGAACAGCAUCCGCCACAAUCUCACGCUCAACGACUGCUUCCUCAAGAUCCCGCGCGAGGCCGGCCGCCCGGGCAAGGGCAACUACUGGGCGCUGGACCCCAACGCCGAGGACAUGUUCGAGAGCGGCAGCUUCCUGCGCCGCCGCAAGCGCUUCAAGCGCUCGGACCUCUCCACUUACCCGGCCUACAUGCACGACGCCGCCGCCGCCGCCGCCGCCGCCGCCGCUGCCGCUGCCGCCAUCUUCCCGGGCGCGAUGCCCGCUGCGCGCCCGCCUUACCCGGGCGCCGUCUAUGCAGGCUACGCCCCGCCAUCGCUCGCCGCGCCGCCCCCCGUCUACUACCCCGCUGCGUCGCCAGGCCCGUGCCGCGUCUUCGGCCUGGUGCCUGAGCGGCCGCUCAGCCCAGAACUAGGCCCCGCGCCGUCGGGGCCCGCCGGUUCCUGCGCCUUUGCCUCGGCCGGUGCCCCUGCCUCUACCACCGGCUACCAGCCCGCCGGCUGCCCGGGGGCCCGACCCGCCAACUCCUCUGCCUAUGCGGCCGCCUACGCGGGCCCCGACGGCGCGUACCCGCAAGGGGCCGGCAGUGUGCUCUUCGCGGCAGCUGGCCGGUUGGCAGGGCCCGCCUCGCCCCCCGCGGGUGGAAGCAGUAGCGGCGUCGAGACCGCAGUGGACUUCUAUGGGCGCACAUCGCCCGGCCAGUUUGGAGCGCUGGGGCCCUGCUACAAUCCUGGUGGGCAGCUCGGAGCGGGUAGUGGAAGCGCCUACCAUGCUCGCCACGUGGCCGCCUAUCCUAGCGGGGUGGAUCGGUUCGUGUCCGCCAUGUGAGCCGAGCAUACGAUAGAAAAUUCAUAGAUACCUCGGCCGUCCACACGAACUGUUUCCCCGAGACCCGAGGACAGGACUGGAGAGAGCACCGAAUUGAGGGCCACGUGGAAGGGACCCAGCGCGCAGGAGAGGCGCAACCUCCCGGUGCACCGCGUACACACCCGGUUCAGUCAGUAAAUGGGAGGAGGUGGGGAGAGGCAGCCGCGGCCCGGCA